AUACUACCAAAAAGUUACUCUGUGUAUGAUAAAAGUAGGCACUUAAGUCGUUUUGUUUUGGAACGUUACAAAUUCUUAGGAGAGAAGGGCAUCCCCAAAGCGACGGACUACGUCAUCGUUUAUUCGUUUGUGUGUGCAAACUGCAAUGAUGAGUCAUCAUUGUUGUGUUCUCGUUGGAUAAUCUUUUUCAAUAAUCAAGGCGCCUUAUUUUGAUUCGGCUGCUGUCAUUAGUGAACUGUCACAAGAAACUUCGCAGUAUUUGAUAGUUCGCAAGUUCGCGGAACUAAACUUUGUUUGAAGUUCUAGAUCGCAUUGAUAAUACGCGUUGUUUGCCGUGGAAAUUACGUAAAUCGUAUCUUGUGGUGUAUUUAGGACUAAGUGAAUCUGAACUGAUGACGAUGAAGCUAGAAAUCAGUGAUAGUCAAUCAAACCAGUCUGACAUUUCCUGCGACAGUCAAUCAUCGCAAGGAUCGUCCACAAAUGACUUCGUUUCUUCAGUACCGACCUCUAGAUCCUUGCUUACGGUUUAUAUGGUAUGCGUGUCAUUUACACGUACGAUCAUCGAUGAAUAGCAGCGUGGAUUUCUUUGAAAGUCUUAUUGACGAGGACGGGCGCUUCGCCGAAUUAAACAAUUGUCAAGAACCGCGAGAGCGAGGGUACAGACCGCGUCCGAGACAACUAGCUCAAGCCGAAAAUAUCAACAAUGGUGGUGGAUUAUCGUUGUCACCACCGCACACGGUGUCGCAGCGUGAGACUGGCACGCAGGUGUCCCAGUGCUACAGCGGGCCGCCGUCCCCCUGUGGGUCGACAAGCGCGACUCCUUCCCCCACGAUCCCGGCCCCUCCGCCCGGCACUGCCACUUUAGACCCCAAUUGGCAAGCCACUAAACCCACAGUGCGGGAGAGAAAUGCUGCGAUGUUCAAUAACCAACUUAUGUCGGACAUCACAUUCAUAGUUGGAGGACCCGGCCAUACUCAAGUCAUUCCUGCCCACAAAUAUGUAUUAGCGACAGCAAGCUCUGUCUUCUAUGCUAUGUUUUAUGGUGGAUUAGCAGAAUGCAAGCUAGAGAUUGAAGUUCCUGAUGUUGAACCCUCUGCUUUUCUCACACUUUUAAAGUACAUUUACUGUGAUGAAAUACAGCUAGAGGCAGAUACAGUGCUAUCAACACUGUAUGUCGCCAAAAAAUACAUUGUCCCACAUUUGGCCAAAGCUUGUGUCAAUUAUUUGGAAACUAGUCUUACAGCUAAGAAUGCAUGUCUACUUCUCAGCCAGUCCCGUUUAUUUGAGGAACCAGAACUGAUGCAAAGGUGCUGGGAAGUGAUAGAUGCCCAGGCAGAGAUGGCCCUGACUUCAGAUGGCUUUGUUGACAUAGAUGUAUCAACAUUAGAAUCAGUAUUAGCAAGGGAAACACUUAAUUGCAAGGAAAUAAACUUGUUUGAGGCAGCUUUAGCUUGGGCACAUGCUGAAUGUCUGCGAAGAGAAAUUGAUCCCACUCCUACAAACAAAAGGGCCAUGCUUGGAGGUGCCAUAUACUUGAUAAGAUUUCCUACUAUGUCGUUAGAAGAAUUUGCAAACAGUGCAGCUCAGAUUGGCAUCUUAACCCCACAAGAGACUAUAGAUAUAUUUUUGCAUUUUACUGCAUCAAGCAAACCACUAUUAUCUUAUCCUAUAAAAUCAAGAGCAGGACUCAAAGCUCAGAUUUGCCACAGGUUCCAGUCCUGUGCCUACAGAAGUAAUCAAUGGCGGUAUCGCGGCAGAUGCGAUUCCAUACAGUUUUGUGUAGACAAGAGAAUUUUCGUCGUCGGUUUCGGUCUAUAUGGAUCGUCUAAUGGAGCAGCUGAUUAUAAUGUAAAGAUUGAGUUGAAACGCUUGGGCAGAGUGCUGGCAGAGAACAACACAAAGUUCUUCUCAGAUGGAUCAAGUAACACAUUCCAUGUGUACUUCGAAAAUCCCAUACAAAUUGAACCAGAGUGUUUUUACACUGCUUCAGCAAUACUAGAUGGGAGUGAACUAAGUUAUUUUGGACAAGAAGGUUUGAGUGAGGUGUACAUGGGAACAGUGACUUUCCAGUUCCAUUGUUCAUCUGAGAGUACUAAUGGCACUGGGGUACAAGGAGGCCAGAUACCAGAACUUAUUUAUUAUGGACCCACAGUCAACACUUCCAUGGCCAACACAACCACUAAUGAGGACUGACAAUCGACUAGAUCUCGACCCUUUAACUAUUAUUCCGUAUAAUAAACGGAUCACUUAGUUUUCUCAAUAUUUGGACAAAUCUCAAUUAAAAUUUAUUAUAGGUACUUAACCAUUCCCAAAUGUUAAAUUGUUAAGUUGGAAAACUUUAAAGUUCUUGUGUAUAGUGUUGAACUUGGAUAGAAAUAAGAUUCGUACCUUAAGAAUGUGAUAUGGGUGUCGUAAAAGCUCUCUAUAAAUUCAUAGGUUCUAGACCUUUUAUGAUACAAAUUCAUUGCAAUAUAUUAUAGUAAAUAAUUAUAAAUUUGAAAA